AUGCAACGUAUAUGGCAGUCGGGAAUACUGUGGGAUGAGUGCAUCAAGGACCCCGAGGCAACUAUUUGGUUUCAGUGGCUGAACCAACUGAAAGCUCUAUCGAAUGUAGUUGUACCCCGGUGGUACGGAUUGCAACGGACAGCCGUAGAUAUUCAUGUCUUUGGAGAUGCCAGCGAAAAGGCGUACGCUGCCGUAGCAUUUCUAGUAGGUACCGACAUCGCGGGCAAUAGGGUGCCAUGGCCGAGCUACAAGCGUGAGGAGUUUCCCGCUGAUGACACAGAACGCUUCGAGAGGGUGUUAGUAGUGGGUGACAACCCUAAACCCCUAAUUGACGUGAAACGCUACUCCACGUGGACGAGAGCGUUGCGUGUCUUCGCACGCGUUCUCACCUUCAUAACCGCGUGCAGAACCAAGCAGAGGAUAGCAGUAAGUACGCUCACGAUAAACAAUAUACAGGAAGCUGAGCGUUUGUUACUUAAGCAGUCGCAGGCACGAUCAUUUCCAGAAGAACUGAGCACGCUGCGAGUUGGGCUUCCGUUGCCUAAAUCAAGUCGUUUGCUGAAAGUCGACCCCGCGGUGUAUGACGACGAGCUGCUUCGUGUCAGGGGACGCCUUGGAGCUUCAACGGAAUUAUCAUUCGACGAGAAACACCCCGUAAUCCUUGAUGGAAGUUGUCCCAUCACACGGCUCCUUGUGCAGCACUACCAUGAACGAGCAAUGCAUGCCAACCACGAGACAGUCGUCAACAAUGUACGAGAGAGGUUCUGGGUUACUUGCAUUCGGCCUACUGUGAAGGCUGUCGUUGCACGCUGCCAGCAUUGUAGGGUACAACGCGCGCAGCCCAACCCUCCGAAGAUGGGUGACUUACCACUCGUCAGGCUCACCACCACUCGGCGAGCAUUCGUUAAUUGUGGGAUCGAUUAUUUUGGUCCCAUGGAAAUCACUAUAGGACGGCGCCGGGAGAAACGCUGGGGUGUGUUGUUCACAUGUCUGACUACACGCGCCGUCCAUCUCGAGUUGGCUGCAUCACUCAGCAGUGACUCUGCCAUACUUGCCUUACGCCGCUUAAUAGCGCGUCGCGGGCAACCUGCGAUAAUUCUGAGCGACUGUGGCACAAAUUUCGUAGGAGCGAACAAGGAACUCCGUGCUGCUCUGCGAGGCCUGAAUGCCGAACGACUGCGAGGUAUUUUCUCUAAGGAAAUUGAUUCAGAUGAGGCAACACAUAAUAUAUAA